AAAUCCUCAGAAAAAACCAUCAAACAAUUACACAGAAAAACAAAUCCUUCAAACAUCGUUUUAUUUUUCUUCUCUCUAAACUAAAAAAAAUGAAGGGCACCAUAGUUCUACACCCUGCCAUGGGUAGGGGACACCUAGUCCCCAUGGUAGAACUUGGCAAGUUCAUAUACACUCACCACCACCAAAACCUCCCCAUCAAAAUCCUCCUCCCUUCGCCGCCCAACUCCACCACCCUUCAAUACAUCGCCGCCGUCUCCGCCACCACGCCUUCGAUCACCUUCCACCACCUCUCACCCUCACAACACUUACUCCACGUCCUCCAAACCCUCAUCUCCCAAUCUUCCAAACCCAAAGCCUUCAUCCUAGACUUCUUCAACCACUCCGCUGCUGAUGUCACACGAACCCUAAAAAUCCCCACCUACUAUUACUUCCCCAACUCCGCGAGUUGCGUCGCUCUCUUCCUUUACACCCCAACCAUCCACUACAACACCAAGAAAGGCUUUUCCAGUUACAGCGACACGCUUCGCCGCAUCCCCGGUUUGCCGCCACUGUCGCCGGAGGACAUGCCCACCUCCCUCCUCGACCGCCGGAGCUUCGAGUCCUUCGCCAACAUGUCGAUUCAAAUGAGAAAAACAGAUGGAAUAAUCGUUAACACGUUCGAGAAGCUUGAGAAUAAAGCUUUCUUCGCGUUGAAGAAUGGGAUCUGCAUGUCAUUAGAAACACAUAAGUCUCAUUCUUCAACGCCAGAAACACGUAACCCACGUGUCUUUUGCAUGGGCCCACUUGUUUCUAACGGUGGAGGUGAACAUGAUAAUGAUGAUAGUGGUUGCAUGAGUUGGCUCGACUCGCAACCGAGUCGAACCGUUGUGUUUUUAAGCUUUGGAAGCUACGGAAGGUUCUCGAAGAGUCAGAUAAGGGAGAUAGCGUUAGGGUUAGAGAGGAGUGGACAAAGGUUUUUGUGGGUUAUGAGGAACCCAUAUGAGAGAAGUGAAUUGAUUUUGGAGGAAUUGUUGCCAAAAGGGUUUUUGGAAAGAACUAAAGAGAGGGGAAUGGUGAUGAAGAAUUGGGCGCCACAAGUUAAGAUUCUGAGUCAUGACUCGGUGGGUGGGUUCGUGACUCACUGCGGGUGGAACUCGGUGUUGGAAGCGGUCUCUUGGGGUGUGCCUAUGGUGUCGUGGCCUUUGUAUGCGGAACAAAGGUUGAAUAGGGUGGUUAUGGUUGAGGAGAUGAAGGUGGCUUUGGCGUUGAAGGAGAACGAAGAUGGGUUUGUUAGGGCUAGUGAGUUGGAAGAGCGAGUUAGGGAGCUUAUGGACUCGGAGAGAGGGAGAGGGAAAGAGGUUAGAGAGAGAGUUUUGAGCGCGAGAUAUGAUGCUGUAGCUGCACUCAGCGAUGGUGGAUCUUCACGGGUUGAGUUGAAUGACUUGGUUGAGUUGUGGAUGCAAUGAUGCUUAAAAGAGUAUUUUUUUUUUCCUGCUUUUAUUUUAAGUCAACUGGGUCAACCAGUUCACAAGUUGCUACUUCUCAUUGUGUAUCAAUUAAAAAAAAUAGCAUUUUAAUAUUAGGGUAUGUACAAGUUUGAACAAGUAGGAGUCAACCAUCCAUACGAAAAUGCUAUUGAGUAUAUAUACGAAUAUGAAAUUUAAAGUGUUGUAUAAAAACGUUAAUUGGGUGAUGGAUGAACUAAUAAUGGCUUUUCUGUCUCUAUUUAUAAGCAUGCUCUUUACACGCCACUUUGGUUGGUUUCUA